AUGCGCAAUGACAUAGGCAAUGACAUAGGCAAUGACAUAGGCAAUGACAUAGGCACGGGUAUAGGCACUGGUCUAGGCAAUGACAUAGGCAAUGACAUAGGCACGGGUAUAGGCACUGGUCUAGGCAAUGACAUAGGCAAUGACAUAGGCACGGGUAUAGGCACUGGUCUAGGCAAUGACAUAGGCAAUGACAUAGGCAAUGACAUAGGCACGGGUAUAGGCACUGGUCUAGGCAAUGACAUAGGCAAUGACAUAGGCAAUGACAUAGGCACGGGUAUAGGCACUGGUCUAGGCAAUGACAUAGGCAAUGACAUAGGCAAUGACAUAGGCACGGGUAUAGGCACUGGUCUAGGCAAUGACAUAGGCAAUGACAUAGGCAAUGACAUAGGCACGGGUAUAGGCACUGGUCUAGGCAAUGACAUAGGCAAUGACAUAGGCAAUGACAUAGGCACGGGUAUAGGCACUGGUCUAGGCAAUGACAUAGGCAAUGACAUAGGCACUGACAUAGACACAAGUGCAAAGGAAAUCAAAGAGGAAGCUUCAAACGCAGGGGAGGCAGCAAGCUUAGAGGAGGAGGUCGAUGUAAAAAACGAAGCAAGUUUAGACGAAGAGGCCCAGGUAGAAAAGGAAGCAAGCUUGGACGAGGAGGCCGACGUCAAAAAGGCAGCAAGCUUAGACGAAGAGGCCCAGGUAGAAAAGGAAGCAAGCUUGGACGAAGAGGCCGACGUCAAAAAGGCAGCAAGCUUAGACGAAGAGGCCCAGGUAGAAAAGGAAGCAAGCUUGGACGAGGAGGCCGACGUCAAAAAGGCAGCAAGCUUAGACGAAGAGGCCCAGGUAGAAAAGGAAGCAAGCUUGGACGAGGAGGCCGACGUCAAAAAGGCAGCAAGCUUAGACGAAGAGGCCCAGGUAGAAAAGGAAGCAAGCUUGGACGAGGAGGCCGACGUCAAAAAGGCAGCAAGCUUAGACGAAGAGGCCCAGGUAGAAAAGGAAGCAAGCUUGGACGAGGAGGCCGACGUCAAAAAGGCAGCAAGCUUAGACGAAGAGGCCCAGGUAGAAAAGGAAGCAAGCUUGGACGAGGAGGCCGACGUCAAAAAGGCAGCAAGCUUAGACGAAGAGGCCCAGGUAGAAAAGGAAGCAAGCUUGGACGAAGAGGCCGACGUCAAAAAGGCAGCAAGCUUAGACGAAGAGGCCCAGGUAGAAAAGGAAGCAAGCUUGGACGAGGAGGCCGACGUCAAAAAGGCAGCAAGCUUAGACGAAGAGGCCCAGGUAGAAAAGGAAGCAAGCUUGGACGAGGAGGCCGACGUCAAAAAGGCAGCAAGCUUAGACGAAGAGGCCCAGGUAGAAAAGGAAGCAAGCUUGGACGAGGAGGCCGACGUCAAAAAGGCAGCAAGCUUAGACGAAGAGGCCCAGGUAGAAAAGGAAGCAAGCUUGGACGAGGAGGCCGACGUCAAAAAGGCAGCAAGCUUAGACGAAGAGGCCCAGGUAGAAAAGGAAGCAAGCUUGGACGAGGAGGCCGACGUCAAAAAGGCAGCAAGCUUAGACGAAGAGGCCCAGGUAGAAAAGGAAGCAAGCUUGGACGAGAGGCCGACGUCAAAAAGGCAGCAAGCUUAG